GGCUCCGAAGCUUGAUUGGCUGCCGUGACUCGGCGAGGGGUGGGGCGACAACAAAGGUGCAGUGCUCUGGCUAGUGCGGAGUUGGGGCUCAGGCUGUUGUGGUGCGUUUUCUGUCGUGGUGCUUCUGAGUUGUGCGCUUUGUUCCAGCCCUGCGCAGCAGCAGCAGCUCCGGGAGCCGGCACCACAGCGCAGCUCCGCGGGCGCGAGGCAGCCGUUCGCGGGAAUGAUGAAGGGGAGGGUGGGCAGCUCAGUGGCUGCCGUCAUGCAGGAGAACUUCGGAUGCUCCGUUGCCAACCGCUUCUGUCAUCUCCUGGACGACGAAUCGGACCCCUUCGACGUCCUUCGCGAGGCUGAACGGCAGCAGCAGCAGCAACGCAAGAAACGCAACGAGGCAGCUGCGACUGCUGCUGCUGCCGCCGGGAGAGCCGGUCCCAGUGGCAGGGCAAGCAGCGGCAAGAGAGAGCCCCAGAAGGAGCGUAAGCAGCCUGGGAGUUCCGCCGCGCCUGCUACUCCGUCGCAGACCGGUACGCUGGCAGCGCUUCCUCAGCGAGGCCAGAAGCGAGUACCUAAGUGGGGAGACCAGCAAGGAUUCAAUAACAGAGGAGCACGUGUAAAACAGGAAAUACCUGAAUGGAAACCUUCUUUCAGGGAAUACUAUGCCUAUGAAACUGAAAAACAAGUGGUAUUCACAACGGAAAGAUCGACUGAAACAUUAGACCAUGAAAGGCCAAUAAGAGGUCGUGGCAGAGGAAGAGGUGGAAUGCAGGGUAGAGGAAGAGGUGGAAGAAAUAGAAGUUUCAAUGGCUUUAACCAAAGAAGAAAACGGGAAUUCGAAAGACAAAGUGGGGAUGAUAAAACUGGGAUGGAACAGACUGCUCCUGUGGAAGAGCCUGCAGAAACAGCUGAGCAGCCAGGGGCAUCUGAAGGAGAGCCUGUGAACAAAGUUGCUGAAGGAGAGCCAGUGGAAGAAGUAGUUCAAGAAAUGACCUUAGAUGAGUGGAAAAAUCUUCAGCAACAGAAUCGACCAAAGGCUGAAUUCAACAUCCGGAAGCCAGAAUCCACUGUUCCUUCCAAAGCAGUGGUGAUUCACAAGUCAAAAUAUAGAGAUGAUUUGCAGAAAGAGGACUUUGAAGAUGAUUCUCACGUUUUUCGAAGACCAGUGAAUGACAUAACCUCUCAGCUGGUUAUUAAUUUUGGGAAUCUUCCUCGCCCUGGUCAAGGGUCAAGAGGAGCACGAGGUGGUCGUGGUCGUGGCAGAGGAAUUGAGAAGGCAGCACCUCGACCACAGGUUCAGCCUGUUGCUCCAAAUCCUGAUGAUCCUGAGGAUUUCCCUGCUUUAUCUUGAAGAACCUUCAUUAAUGGUGGUAUCUCAAAGCUGCUUUGGUGUAGCUGUGUGUAGACCAGUUUUUAUGCUGGUGUGGAUAAUGAAAAUCUUCUACUGGAGAAGCUGUUUGGGUGUUGGGUUUUAUGCUGAUGUGUAUAAUGAAAGUAUUUCUAAUGGAGAAGCUGUUUGGGUGUUAGUGGAAUGAUUGCAGGCCUCUGCUAGUGGAGUUAUGUUCUGGAGGUAACAAUGGAUGGGGAUCCUGUCAUAGAUUCCAUUGUCUGCCUCCACUUGUGAAAACUGUAUGAAGGCUUACAGUACACUGGCUUAGAAUUUUUAAGUUCAAGAGUUCAUUGUUUCAAAAAAUACUUGAUAGAGGUUUUAUCAAGUUCUCCGUUGCACCAUGGUGAAAUGUAAUCUGUACAACAUGGACUGCAAUUAGAACUUUAUUUUCACUGUUCAAAGGAAAAAGUAGCUUUCAAAUGCAGUGUAUCUUUCACACACUGACUAGUUGUAGUUUUUCAGAGUUUCAUGAAUAAAGGAAAAUUCUCACUGGG